CUUGCUGGUGAUGGUGAGUGUUUGAUAAGGGACGAGAACGCAGUCGUUGUCCUACUGCUAGACUCUGAACAAGGUGCUCCUUCGGCUCCUAUUGGCACCCGCACGACCGGAUUAUAGUAUCAUUUGUAACAAAGAUUAACGAGCUUCCGAGUUCAUCAAUCAGUAAGGUAGUAAAGAAUGUCGUACGAGAUGCCCGAUUUGGAAGGCGGUGACACUUUCACUCCAGUGGAGGAAGGUGCUGAUGCCUUGGCCGGUCCGACGGAAGCGAACGUUGCGGAAGCGGAGCAAGCUCCCGCUGCCGAAAUCCAGCCCAACAUCCCCGUCGAAGUCGAGAAGCGCAAAAAGCGGGUGUCGAUAUACUGGAAGAGGCCCAAGUCGCAUCUCUACGAGUACAAUUACGACUACGGCUCCAACUAUUACAAGGGGAUGAUCGACUAUCUGGACGAGCGAAGUAGCGGAUGCAAGCCAGCACCUCCCAAGGCACUUAACUGGGCUGAGCGAGCUUUGAAGACGUACUCUGAGAAGCGUGAAGCUGCCGCCCGUAACAAGGAUAAAGAUCAAGAUGCGCAAUUGCUUCAUAGCAUCCGAAACACCGUCAACUCUUACACAGUUCAUGCCAGGACUUACACUCGCAAAGUUACUGCCAGUCUAACCUACUAAAAAACAAAACCCGAAAAACACACGAAAAACACGAAAAACAAAACAAAAAAAACAGAAAGGCAGCCUGAUAGUCAACGACGAAUCAUUAUUAUUUAUUCUUAAUACUGUACUCGUCGGGCCCUCUUUGUUCUGAUGUAAUUCAUCUCUUCUGUUUCUCCCAGUUUUCUACUGCUUGUUUCUCUCCUUCCCUAUUGGUAGUCAACUAUGAUCCGCCUUCCAUUGGCUUUCAACAACGACAAAGCAAACAUCUGAAAAGAACUCUUGAUUUUGGAAAUGUGUGUAUGGCUGUUGGCAAAUCAAAACAGAAAAUCAAUAGUUUGACCGUU